AUGUGCGACUUUUCUCAGUACGGCGGCCCCAGCGACGAGUGGCUUGCGGUGGAAGCCAACCUUCCCCCGGUGCCAACUGGCUUGGCGAUGCUUGAUCGCAAGAACAUCAUGAAUAAGGGGCGCGAAGAAAUGUCUGCAGAAGCAAUGAAGUCUAUGGAGAAUCUAGUAACCAUACGCGAUUGGACAGUGCCAACGCGCGAUGGCUCCAUCAUUGAAGCUCGAAGCUACCGACCCAAAGCCGUAGGCGAUGGGGCACUGCCUCUAUACUUGUAUUUUCAUGGUGGGGGGUUCCUUUUCGGCACCAUCAACUCCGAGGAUGCAGCAUGCUCGCGUAUUGCCAUCAGUACCGGUGUCAUUGUUGUGAACGUCAACUACAGGCACACUCCUGAAUUCACCUACCCAACAGCUUGGAAUGAUGCUGAGGAUGGUUUCCUAUGGCUUCACUCAAACAUUAACGAAAUUGGCGGUGAUCCUGAGAAAGUUGUUGUGGGUGGUAUAUCAGCUGGUGGACAGCUGACAGCUUCUCUAACGCUUGCCCAACACCUUGGGAAAAUUGGCCAGGACUUGCCGCCGAUUGCUGGCCAGGUUUUGAUAAUUCCUUGCCUGGCUCAUGUGGACUGUUAUGAGGGCCACUUAAAGAGGAUGAGAGAUCCUUCAAUCUCGUCCUACAAAGAAAAUGAGAAUGCGCCGGUUCUCCCAAGAAGCAUGAUUGAUAUGUUCCUUGGAUUGCUGAAGAUUGAAAACCCGGAUUAUUAUGAUCUCAGACUGAACCCUGGAAACGCAUCUUCAGACCAGGUCAGGGGUCUUCCUCCUACAACUUUCGGCAUUGCCGGCUUGGAUCCUCUAAGAGAUGAAGGACUUCUUUAUGCCAAGUUGCUUACUGAGGCUGGGGUCCCGACCGACGUCCAUAUCUUCCAGGGCGUCCCUCACGGCUUCCGACGGUUUGGUGAUAAGUUAUCUGAGUCUAAGCACUGGGAUGAUGUGACAGACAGCGGAAUCAAAUGGGCGCUAACUAAGCCAGCAUCAACUGGAGAGUUUGUGAUUCGCAGAUCUUGA